GCCGAAGAGGGGGCGUGGGCGGGAAGGGGCGUGGCCUGAGCUAUAUCUGGGACCUGACGGCCGCCGCGCCUCAGUUGCCUGGGCUGCUUUGGGUGAGCGGAGCACGACCAGGCGGCACCAUGAGCUCCAUUCUGGACGUCCGGAACCUCUACCAGAACCUGCUCAACCUCUCGCUGAGCGAAGAGCUGGACGCGCCCGCCUCCGCCUUCUCCUGCGGCCGCCCGGCCUGCUCCUCCGAGGCGGCGCCGGCGGGCAGCGGGGACUCGGCGCUGUGGCCCCUGCGCAGCCCCUGGAGCCCCCAGGGCGAGCAGACGCGGCCCCCGUUGCGCCCGGAUCGCUCGGUCAGCCUGAUUGAAGGCAAAGCUCACCCGCUGCCGCCCCCGCCGCCGGGCUUCCCGCCGCUCAAGCAGCCCGGCGCGCCGGCCCCGUCGUCCCGCUACAAGACGGAGCUGUGCCGCACUUUUAGCGAGAGCGGCCGCUGCAAGUACGGCGCCAAGUGCCAGUUCGCCCACGGCUCGGCCGAGCUGCGCUCCGUCAGCCGCCACCCCAAGUACAAGACGGAGCUGUGCCACAAGUUCUACCUGCAUGGCGAGUGUCCCUACGGCUCCCGCUGCCACUUCAUCCACUUCCCCGAGGAGGCGCAGGUCUUCGGCAGCCACGGCGGGGGCGCCUCCCCGCACCUCCUGCGCCAGAGCCUCAGCUUCUCCGGGAUGCCCACCGCCCGCCGCGCCUCCCCGCUGCCCGGCCUGCCCGACCCGGCCUCCUUCGUCCGGGCGCCCUCCGUCUCGCCUCCGCCCGCCUGCGCCGACCUCCUGUCGCCCGCCUUCGACCCCCUGACCCUGGACCCGCUCGCCCUGGUCGCCUCCUUCGGGGACUCGCUGGCGGGGACCCCCUCCGGGGGCUGCUGCUCCUGCCGCUGCGGGAAGGCGGCCGGGGUGGGCGGCUCGCUCCAGAGCCCUCGGGACUACUUCUCGGCCGCCCCCGGGACGCCCCCGUCGGCCCUGCCCAGGACCCCCUCCUCCAACUCACUCUCGGACCCCGACUGCUACAGCAGCUCCAGCAGCCUCAGCGGCUCCGACUCCCCGGUUUUCGACCAGCACCCCGUCGGCGGGCCGUCGGGGACCUCUCACCGCCUGCCCAUCUUCAACCGGCUUUCUGUCUCGGAAUGAGGGCAGGACAGAACGUUUCGAGCUUGCUGUCGAUUGUAACGGAGGGAGCCGCCCUCUGGAUGAGAUUCCUUCGGAGAGGGGAGGACCCCAAAGUCUCCCCACUCUCAGCCUGAACUGAUGCCAGCUGCUUUUCGGGCCUUCUCCUGCUCUUUAAGUCCUCCUCUUGCCUGUUCUGGGGGUGGGGGGGGCUUUUCCUGCCUCCCACCUGCUGGCCUUACUGCCCUCAAGAGGCCUGGGGGGAAAUGGGGGUCCAGAAAGCAAACGGGGUUCCAGUCCAUUCAAGUUUCCCUUUCACCAUUUUGUGCCUUAAACAGAGUCUGCAAGGGGACACCAGAGUGAGCAGUUCUGCAGAGGGUUGGGCCAAAUCCUUAUCCCCCUCUCCCUCCCCGGGAGUGCCUUAUGGCUCUGUGUGUGGGGGGGAGUCAGAUAGUUGAGUCUUUUAACUAUCUCAAAAAUCACCUUUCAAGGAGCCAGGACCCAAGAUGGGUUUUUUUUUGUCAAUUUAAUUUUCUCUCUGGUUUUGCACAAAACCCUGGGCUGGGCUGGGCUGAGCGGGAUAGUGGGGUGAACCAGCCACACACACACCCUCAGCCUCACAGUUCUGUUUUCCCCCCCUUAAGACGUUCAACUGUAAGGAGAUUGUUUCCCUUUUAGGAAUCCCCACCUAGAAAAGUCUAGAGAAGGGCAAAGGAAGGGUUUUCCUUCCUCUUGAUUCUAACCGGGUGUUUGCAAGCUUCGUCCCUUGAAGAUGGUUGGACUUCAACUCCCAGAACUCCACCCAUCUCCAAGUGAGGGAGAUGGGAGAAACAGGGUUUUAACACCUGAGCAUUAUGCCAAAGAUUACCUGUCCCAGGGAGAAGAGGAAGUGUACUUCUAUGUAGCAGCUUUCUUUCUUUCUUUUCUUACAAAUUUUCCUCCAGUGGUCAGGAGGGGAAAGAAAAAAUCUCACACCACAGAAGCCAGAUCAAGCCUGGGAAAUAAGACUUAGAUGACAUCCUGGUAGCUCUUAAUGUAUCUUUAAAAAAAAAAUCAUGCUUUAUAUACUGUGAAUAUUCCCUCCUUAUCUAAUCCUCCAGCAAGAAUAGGUUGAGAAUUAAGGAGAGGUGCUGAGUUUUACCUUUUUUUUAAACCCACCCCCCAUGUUGUGCUCUCUGGAGCUUUUGAAAUAACGGCAGUGUUUUCCCCUUGGGGUGCUCUGAACCCCAUAAUUCUGCAUCCCCUUGGCACAAGAGAGAGGUGGUUUUCCACUCUUCCUCCCCUCCCAAAUUCCCCUGCCAGCUGCAUAGGUGUGAAAUUGUAUCGUUUUGGAAAAUUUAAACCUGAUCGAUGUGCAUCUCCAACCCACCUGCUUGCUCCAAUGGGGUGAAAUUCAUAUUAAGCUUAACCUUGGGUUGGUCAAAAACAAAAAUCGGGCCUCAAUUGCUCAUCCAUAGGAAACUCAGAUCUGAACCAAACUGGACGUCUGAUCAUUCUCCCAUAUUCCAAAUUGACAAAUUCCAGAAUUUGUACUUUCUUCCUCGGUCACCCAAGGAAAUAUUUAGCUCACUCUCCAAUUCCAUGAAUCUAAAUCUCUGGGAAUUCUGCUCCUUCGUCCCCACAUAGGGGAGGAUUUGGGACUGGCCAACCAGAGACCAAAUAUUCUCGGCCAGCAUCAGGAAUGAAACUGGCAGGAAGGUUUUUGGUAUUUUUUUUAAUGACCACAAAGCCCAGUACCCACAGCGUGGAAGAUGGUGUCAUGUUGCUUCAACGUCUGUUAAAUUAGACAUUUUGCACUGAUGGAGACCAGUUGGGGGGGAAGGGAAGGAUGCCUUUUGUUUCUAAGCCAAUGUCCAUGCUGGUCACACCUGCGUGUCAUUUUUGUGGUGGGUGUUGUUGUUUUUUUAAAUCCUCAAAUGUUUACCAUGUAAUAAGGCAAUAACCAAAACCAACCUAUUUAUAGAGUCUAUUUAUUCAAAAAGAAUUUUAUAUUGUAUUUAUCUUUUUUGUAAUAUUCCAGAAUAAUAUAUAUAUAUAUAUAUAAUAUCUAUAUUUUUGUGUGUGAACUACGAAACAAACGAGAUUGUCCUACAAUUUUAAAAUUGUUCCAAAUGCUAGCAUUUUUUUCUCUGCUGGAAAAAGAGACUUUGCUACUCCUUCUCCGAAUCUCCAAAAGAUAAAUGGUGCAACCAAUACUCAGUUAAUAAUAAAUCUGAGGAUCAGAAAG